CCUGCUAUAGUUGUUGACAGCUGUCUUUUUAUUACUGAUAUACUCCAUGUGAAAAAAACUUGCCCUCUCUCUCUCUUUAGCUCUCCUAAGUUUCCCCGGGGCCCACAUUAAAGAGGGAACUGCAGAUUUGGCCUAAUGCUCACCAACAGAGAAAAGCUCCUUGAUAAGUGAGAGCUUUUAAUGAGUUGUUAGGUCCCCACCUGCCACAGCCCCUCCCCAUCUGCCACCAGCCAACAGUUGGGGCACACUAGAGAAACCUCCCACCCCAGGCCUUUGCCCUGGGUCCACAGUCUGUAUCCUACUUACACACAGCACGGAGAGUGCCUGGCGGCCACAUGCAAGAGGCUUAGAAACAAGUCCCUUGUUUUCUAGGGACCAAGGACAAUCCCUAAUUCCUGCAGUUCCUGAGACCACAAGGAAAGCAGGGUCAUCGUGGAGGCUUGGAGACAGGCAUCUCAUACCAGAUUUUGUGACCUGCGUGUGUCAUACUGCCUAAGAGAAACAGGAGACCAUGACAGCUACGCUAACACUCGAAACCAAGGCCAGUGGAGAGGAAUAUGGACCGAGGAACUGUGUGGUGUGUGGAGACCGAGCCACGGGCUACCAUUUCCAUGCCCUGACUUGUGAGGGCUGCAAAGGCUUCUUCAGACGAACUGUCAGCAAAACCAUUAGUCCCAUCUGUCCAUUUUCUGGAAGCUGUGAGAUCAGCAGAGCCCAGAGACGCCACUGCCCAGCCUGCAGGUUGCAGAAGUGCCUAAACGCUGGCAUGAGGAAAGACAUGAUACUGUCAGCAGAAGCCCUGUCGUUGCGGCGAGCCAGGCAGGCACAGCGGCGGGCACAAAAAGCUUCCGUGCAGAUGACUCAGGAGCGGAAGGAGCUGGUCCAGACCCUCAUAGGGGCCCACACCCGCCACAUGGGCCCCAUGUUUGACCAGUUUGUGAAGCUCAGGCCUCCAGCUUACCUGUUCACCCAUCACCGGCCCUCCUCCCCGCUGGUCCCCCCCGCGUUACCACUGCUCACACACUUUGCAGAUGUCAACACUUUCAUGGUGCAGCAGAUUAUCAAGUUCACCAAGGAACUGCCCCUUUUUCGGUCCCUACCCGUGGAGGACCAGAUCUCCCUUCUCAAGGGAGCAGCUGUGGAAAUAUUGCAUAUCUCACUCAACACUACUUUCUGUCUUCAAACACAGAAUUUCUUCUGUGGGCCACUUUGCUACAAAAUGGAAGACGCAGCCCACGCAGGGUUCCGGUACGAAUAUGUGGAGUUGAUCUUUCGCUUCCAUGGGACACUGAAGCGACUGCAGCUCCAAGAGCCUGAGUAUGUGCUCAUGACUGCCAUGGCCCUCUUCUCUCCUGACAGGCCUGGAAUCACCCAGAGAGAAGAGAUUGACCAGCUGCAAGAGGAGAUGGCACUGAUUUUGAACAACUACAUUAUGGAACAGCAGCCAAGGCCCCAGAGUCGGUUUCUGUACGCAAAGCUGAUGGGCCUGCUGGCUGAGCUCCGGAGCAUAAACAAUGCAUACUCAUAUGAAAUACGGCGCAUCCAGGGACUGUCCGCUAUGAUGCCACUACUUGGGGAAAUCUGCAGCUGAGGCUCAGGCUUGCCUCCUUCCCCAGGGCCCCUGGGAUUCAUUGGACUGGAAAGGGGAAAUUGCUGAGCUAAAAGGAGCUCAGUGACAGCAAAAAAACACUGGACAGUAA